CGGAGGAGCGACACCUUUUAAAAAAGUGCUCCUGUCUGCUGUCCUCCGCAUUGCCAGCCAGUCUCAGGGAGCUCCAGAGCCGCCAGCACAGAAAUGUCGAAAUCAAACAGUUGCUUUGGUUACCCCCUGAGCAUCUUCUUCAUCGUGGUCAAUGAGUUCUGUGAAAGAUUUUCCUACUAUGGAAUGAAAGCAAUCCUGAUUCUGUAUUUCAAGAAUUUCAUCAGCUGGAAUGAUAAUCUCUCCACCGCCAUCUACCACACGUUUGUUGCUCUGUGCUACCUGACGCCCAUCCUUGGAGCCCUUAUUGCUGACUCAUGGCUGGGAAAGUUCAAGACCAUUGUGUCUCUGUCCAUCGUCUACACAAUUGGACAAGCAGUCAUUUCGAUAAGCUCAAUUAAUGACCUCACAGACCACAACCACGAUGGGACCCCUGAUAGCCUUACUACACAUGUCCUGGCCCUGAUCGCGCUGGGCACUGGAGGAAUUAAGCCCUGUGUGUCUGCAUUUGGUGGAGAUCAGUUUGAAGAGGACCAGGAAAAACAAAGAAACAGAUUUUUUUCCAUCUUUUAUUUGGCCAUUAAUGCUGGAAGUUUGCUUUCUACCAUCAUCACGCCCAUGCUCAGAGUUCAACAAUGUGGAAUUCACAGUCAACAAGCUUGUUACCCACUGGCAUUUGGGGUUCCUGCUGCUCUCAUGGCUGUAUCCCUGAUUGUGUUUGUCAUGGGCAGCAGCAUGUACAAGAAGUACCAGCCGCAGGGCAACGUCAUGGCUAAAGUGGUCAAGUGCAUUGGGGAGCGGCUUAUCUGUCAAAUCAAGAUGGUGACGAAGGUGAUGUUCCUGUAUAUUCCACUGCCCAUGUUCUGGGCCUUGUUUGACCAGCAGGGCUCCCGAUGGACGCUGCAAGCAACAACUAUGAACGGGAAAAUGGGAGCUAUUGAAAUUCAGCCGGAUCAGAUGCAGACCGUGAAUGCUAUUUUGAUUGUUAUCAUGGUCCCCAUCUUCGAUGGCGUGCUAUAUCCUCUGAUUGCAAAGUGUGGUCUCAACUUCACCUCCUUAAAGAGGAUGACAACUGGAAUGUUCCUGGCUGCCAUGGCCUUUGUGGUGGCUUCAGUCGUCCAGAUGGAAAUUGAUACAAAUGAAUUCAUGACUUUCGACGUAGACAAACUGACGAGCAUCAACAUUUCUUCUGCUGGAUCACCGGCCACUGCUGUAACUCAGGACUUCACACCAGGCCAACGCCACACCCUCCUCGUGUGGGCCCCCAAUCGCUACCGCGUGGUAAAUGAUAGUCUUAACAUGAAACCAGAAAAAGGAGAAAAUGGAAUCAGAUUUGUAAAUACUUUCAAUGAGCUCAUCAGCGUCACCAUGAGUGGGAAGGUUUAUGAAAACAUCACCAGUUACAAUGCCAGCCAGUACCAGUUUUUCACUUCUGGCAUAAAAACCUUCACACUAAACUCACCAGAGAUUUUGCCACAGUGUUCACGUGAUUUCCAAUCUUCCUACCUUGGAUUUGGCAGUGCCUAUACCUAUGUAAUCCAAAGGAAGAAAUGA